AUGGCAAACACAGCUCUGCCGCUAAUGAUGUUAAUGAUCACCUCCUUGCUGAUGGCCUUGACGGAAGCUGAGUGGGCAGAGUCAGUCGAAGAAAAACAGGAGGCCACGCCUUUGGAGACCGUAACCAACCUCCAGUUCUACUUCCACGACACAGUCAGUGGGAAGAACCCCAGUGCCGUACGGGUGGCACAAGCCGCCAACACCGACAAGUCCCCAACCCUAUUUGGGGCUCUGCUUAUGGCCGAUGACCCCCUUACUGAGACGCCGGACCCUAAUUCCAAGCUCGUGGGACGGGCGCAAGGGCUGUACGGGUCAUCCGGCCAACAGGAAUUUGGCCUCAUUAUGGCCAUGAGCUUUGCGUUCACGGAUGGUACGUUCAAUGGUAGCUCCAUCAAUAUUUUUGGUAAAAACCCAGCUCUACACCCGGUUCGGGAGUUGCCGGUUGUGGGUGGAACCGGGGUGUUCCGAUUGGCUCGUGGAUAUGCAAUUGCCAAGACUUAUCGGCUUGAUAGCACUGGUGAUGCAAUUGUAGGAUACAAUGUCACUGUAAAUCAUCAGAGCUAG